CCUCUGUCGCUCAGACCAUCACACCUCUCUGUCCUCUCUCUGCUCUCUGCUUUCUUCAUCUCCAGGUCUCCCAUCUGUCCCUGUCUCUCUACCAUCCUCAUCCUCACUCUGUCUUUCUUUGUCUCUCCAUGGGAGUCAUGUCCUCCCCCAGGUUCCUGUCACUUUAUCUGCUUGGAGCCUUGCUGCUGCCGCUGCUGCUGCUGCCUGGUUCUUGGGCUCAGCAUUAUGAUGAUUUCACAUCAUCUCCAGAUUACGACUCUGACUACAACUCCACCUUUGAAUACAGCUUCUUCAGUAAUACGAGCAGCGAGGACCUGGACAGACUUAUGGAACGCUUCCUCGAUCCAGAAACUACGGAGGACACUGGAGGACCAGAGGAGGAAGUGACUGUAACCAUGGUGAUUACAAGAAGAACAACAGAGGGGGUCAACGCUCAUAGCACUGCACCAUUUCCUGUAUGUUUGGAAAUCAGGACACUGAUCUGGACUCUGAUGAUCCUGUUGGUCCUGCAGCAGCUGCAACACAUAAUCUGGUGACAGGUGUCGAGUCGAGCCCCUCAGCUCCGUCCUCACUGAACAUGGCUCCUCAUGAGCACGGCAUGGGAGUAGGUGGACCAAUCACAGAGCUGAAUCAUUUCAGAGAGAGAAAGUUUGCAGACACACGCCUGGAAGAUUUCACUACAUGGUGACAUUUUUAUUAUGUGUAAAGACGUUUUUUAAUGGAACUGCUGAUUAAGCCAUACUUUAGAAAUGAUGUUUAUAUUUGUAAUAAAAAGAUGUUUUUAAAGACAAUAUGAAGUUAUUUUGUGUCCUUAUUGUGCAAACAAACAACAUAAGUGUUUGUAGUUGAGUGCAAACAAUCACUGUGUUACAGAAUAAACAUGUUCAUGGAUGGGGUCAGCGGGGGCCUGCAGCAUAUCCCUGCUUUCAUUUUGUUCUCCAAAUCAUAAGUGUUGUUGGCUGAACUGUGAAACGUCAGCUGAAAGAUUUCUAUUACAACAGAACCGUCACUGUGCAAAUGUUUGCAUCUGUUCAUGUUCAGGAUCCAGGAGCGGAUUUGGAUCCACAGUUUAAUCAUACAUUUAUUUUACUUGCGAUACAUUUUUGAUUGUGCUGUUUAUAGUUUUCCUCUAAAUCCUGUUUGUUUGCAUAAAAAAGACACAAAAGUGACAGAAUAAAAACACGAUUGUAUGAAUGAACAUAUUUGCAGAUACAUUUAUAUAUAAACAUAUUAAAGAUGAAGUAUUUAAA